AUGUCCUACACACAGUAUGAUCAAUAUGGUGGAAAUCCAUACAAUAACGGACCGAGUGCGGAAGCAGGCCAGGGAGCGCAAGACCUUCAGCAUGAGAUGUCCGCUACGUCGAACUACUCGAAUCCCGGCCCCUCCGCUUCCACCAACAUCCUCUCACAACAAGACUUCCUAUCGCGUGUCGACUUCGCGAAGGGUGAGAUCCGAACACUGACGUCCAAUAUCCAAGAAAUCGCGUCUCUGCACCAGCGAGCCUUGUCUUCACCCGAUAGCAGUUCUUCCGCCCAGCUCGAGAAUCUCGUUACGCAAACGCAGCUCAAGAAUACCCAGAUUCGCGACCAGAUCAAGUAUCUAGAGUUAGAUGCUUUGAAGACUCAGGAUAGCACGAAGAGCGUGAAGGCUAGACAGGCGAAGCAAUUGAAAGGCGAAUUCGAGAAGAGUCUGAAGGAGUAUCAACAAGAGGAAGUCAAUUACAGACAAAGAUACCGGGACCAAAUCGCGAGACAAUACCGAAUCGUCAACCCCGAGGCUACAGAGGCCGAGGUACAGGAGGCGUCAGAGUUGGAUUGGGGCUCCGAAGGUGUUUUCCAGACUGCUCUCAAGAGUAACAGAUCUGGCCAAGCUUCCUCUGUACUCGGUGCCGUUCGCGCGCGUCACAAUGAACUCCAACGUAUCGAGGCUACUCUCACAGAAUUGGCAGCUAUGUUCGCAGACAUGGCCCAAAUCGUCGAAGCCCAAGACCCAGUUGUCGAGCACACGGAACAGAACGCAAUCAAGACCGCAGAGGAUGUUGACAAAGGAAACACCGAGAUUGACAAGGCGAACGAGCAUGCCAGACGCCGAAACAGACUAAAGUGGUACUGCUUGUUGGUCGUUGUUCUCAUUAUCUUGGCUAUCGCUCUCGGUGUUGGAUUGGGCAUUGGAUUGACGAAGUCGAAGUAG